AACAAAAAUGUCAUUUCAUGAGGUAUUUUGGAGUAUUCAAUUUGCAUGACAAAACACAGACUCAGCUCCAUUUUUGGUUGCUGAACCAUACAAAUUUCUCCUCGUCAUAGGGAGGAAAAUCUGGCCAUCAAGCAUUACGUUAGUUUCGAGAUAGUCGACAUCAUAAGGGCUUGAGUAGUAUGUGGAUGAUUGGGUGUUGAGUCUGCAUAGGAUGCACUGUUGUCAGGGAGAAGUGCAAGUCACCUUCACGCGGUUGGCCCAGAAGCCCAUAUCUAACGCAGACGAUCACAGAACUACACCAACCACGGACGGUUCCCGAAACAAGGUGCAUUAUGUCUGGCCACUAAAUCAACGCUCCAGCCGCGAAGAUAGAGCACAGACAGUUGUUUAUUGGCAUCGUUGGCGUGAAUGAGAAUUUGCGGAAUCGCCGAGUUGUAUGGCAAAGCCGAUGAUGGGUUUAUCGCUCCGCUAAAUAGAUUUAAUGCGCCUCUGAAUGCAUUAACCCCGUCCCUGGCGGGUCCAGAACAGGAUAUCUCGGACCGGAGCGCCUGUGAGGUUUCCCUGAACGCUUUGCAGCACAGCCAUGGCUCUGGUGACUCUGCAGCGCUCCCCUACACCCAGCGCCGCAUCCUCAGCCAGCACCAACGCGGGGGAGGAUUUAGGGAGUGAUGAUGAUCGAAAGGCAAACCUAAGCCUGAGUGAAAGUUUCUUCAUGGUAAAAGGGGCAGCUCUGUUUUUACAGCAAGGCAGCAGUGCACAAGGGCCCAGAACACCCACCCAUCAUAAAAAUGCAGGGGAUCUACCACAGCAUCUACAAGUAAUGAUAAACACCCUCCGUGCCGAGGACAGAAUUAAAUUAGUUGUUAGGUUAGAAAGCGGUUGGAUGGACCAUGUGCGGUACAUGGUGGUUGUCUACACAAAUGGGCGUCAGGACACUGAAGAAAACAUACUGCUUGGGAUGGAUUUUACAGAUAAGGACAGUAAAAGUUGCUCUAUUGGGAUGACUCUUCCACUUUGGAGUGAUACCAAGAUUCAUUUGGAUGGUGAUGGAGGUUUCAGUGUGAGCACAGCAGGAAGACUACAUGUUUUUAAGCCUGUGUCAGUCCAGGCCAUGUGGUCUGCCCUCCAGGUGUUGCACAAAGCAUGUGAGGUGUCCCGCAGAUACAACUAUUUUCCAGGAGGAAUGGCCCUUACAUGGGUUGGCUAUUAUGAGAGCUGCAUCUCCUCAGAGCAGAGCUGUAUCAAUGAGUGGAAUGCUAUGACAGAUCUGGAGACCACACGGCCUGAUUCGCCAGUCAUGUUUUCUGAUCAGCCAACAGAGAGAGAGAGAACAGAGUGUAUGAUCAAAGCCAAACUCCGAAACAUAAUGAUGUUUCAGGACCUGGAAAAUAUUACUUCUAAGGAGAUCCGAAAUGAACUGGAACAACAUAUGAGCUGCAACCUGAGGGAGUAUAAAGAGUUUAUUGACAAUGAGAUGCUGCUAAUCCUGGGCCAGAUGGACAAGGCUACACUCAUAUUUGACCAUCUGUACCUGGGCUCAGAAUGGAAUGCAUCCAACUUGGAGGAACUUCAAGACUCUGGGGUUGGGUAUAUCCUCAAUGUCACAAGAGAGAUUGACAACUUUUUCCCAGGUACCUUUUGUUAUUGUAAUAUCCGUGUUUACGAUGAUGAGACUACAGAUCUGCUGGCACACUGGAACGAAACCUACAACUUCAUAGUUAAAGCCAAGAAAAACAACUCUAAAUGCCUUGUACAUUGCAAGAUGGGAGUGAGUCGCUCAGCAUCCACCGUCAUUGCUUAUGCUAUGAAGGAGUAUGGAUGGUCACAUGAAAAGGCAUACACUUUUGUCAAACAGAAGAGGAAUAUAGCACAGCCCAAUCCAGCUUUUAUGAAACAACUUGCUGAGUACGAGGGGAUUUUAGAUGCCAGCAAGCAGAGACACAAUAAACUCUGGCAACCAGACGGUGAUGAGUAUUCGCUGGAGGGCCUUCAGGCUUCAGCUGCCAGUGGUGACCAGACUCCUCAAUUUUCCUCACUGCACCCCGAUCAAGAGGAGACCGCUUGGGGCCAUGGUGGAGCAAGUGCUUCCCCCUGCUGUGGAGAAGAGCCGACAGACCAUCUCAAUUACAACUACUACUUCCGGCGACUCUCAGACACCGCUCUGGACAGUGAACCUUCCACUCCAGUUCGAGGUCCUCCACUUUUAGGCAUGGAACGAGUCUUUAUUGAGAUUGAGGACGUAGAGAGGGAUGCAUUGUUGGACGAUGAAGGCUUCCCCAUGGCUCACUUGGCCCUUCCUGGGGAGUGCACAGCGGCCCAGACCUGCGGCCGACUGGAGCCUAUAGAGGACAUGCGCUUGAGGCUGGAGUUUAGCACGGUGGAGGAGGAGGACGAGGAGGAAGCACAAAAGGAGGAGGCGGAGAUGGCCGCCUUAGCUCGUGGCGAGGAGACGCCGAGGGAAGACGAGAGCCUGGCUAACUCGAACCGCUUUAACAACGAGAACGCCAACAACAGCAACAGGCUGGCCGGGAAACGCAGCUGCCCUUCUGGCUUUGACGACAGUGCUAGCAUUGGAAAGCCCUACAAAGUGAAGCCCUCAUAUCAGUCGUGCCGAGACUGCCUGCGCCUGCCCAGCGGCCGCCGCUGCGAACGUCGCACCCAUCGCCUUAACCUGUCACGUCACACUGGCCUGCCCAGUAUGUCCAUCCAGGCCCCCAGAGGACACAAAUUCAGUCCUGUCUCCGCCAAUAAGGUGCCUCCUCCUGCCCCUCUGCAUCACAUGAGCAGCGGGCACUGCCAGUGCAUUCGUUGCUUCGGUCGAGCCAACUCGGACACUUGCCACAAGCAACCGAGCUGCGAAGACCUUCCUCAGGAUUUGCGUUAUUCCUUGGAGACUGAGGACAGAAUGGAAGGGGAGGACGAGGGGAGCAAGGAAAGCUCCAGCAGUCCUGUGACAGAGCUCACUCUCCUGACGCUCAGUCUGGGUGGUGAGAGGCCUACGGCGGAGCUCAGUCAGGGGGCCCACCUGGAUACACAGCUGGUGCAAAUGUCCGGUCCUCAGUCGGAACAGAUGGACUUGAGCAUAGAGGACUCUGCCAUAGAGGACAUGGAAGUGGAUGAGGGGAACAUCCCCAGCUCGCACCCUGGCUCCAGUGAACUCCAGCAAACGCUCGCACCGGGCUCGGCCCUGACACGCAGCUCCAGCAGCGAUAGUCUGCCGAGAAUUCGCAGAGGCCAGCCGGGCUUGGUAUGUCAGCGAGCUCAAGAGAUCGAGACCCGUGUGCGGCUCGCCGGACUGACCAUGUCCUCCCAACUCAAAAGGUCUAAUUCACUUGCCAAGCUAGGUGACUUGGCCAUCUCCACAGAGGACCUGACGCUCUCCACCGCAGUCUCCGUUGACUACGAUGACCAAGAGCCUGCUAUUUGCGUGCAAUCCUCUUGCUCCCCCAAGCUCUCUUUAACUCCAACUGUGUUGCAGAGUUUGAAAAGCUGACUUCAAGAUGUCAGAACUGCUUUCUCAGUGAAUGGGACCGAUCCAGUCCUACAGCCAUCGAGAGCAACCAUGGAGGCCAAUGCUGCAAGACACCUCGUGAGAACAAUCAGGCCAGGCUUGGACGUCCUUCCAGCAGCCCUUUACAUAACUGCACUGCAUUCUUCAUGUGUCUGUCUGUGCUUUAACGAAGAUAUAUAUUAAAGCAUGCUCUGGCUUGGACCUUCAUUAACGGCUUUGUUGAUACGGCUUUUCUUUGUCUUGCUAAAGGAAGCCCUACCUGUUAAGGUUUUAAAAUACAUGUGGCCCAUCGAUAGGUCACAUAAUCAGACCUUUUUAAAUCAGCAAUGAUUUUCCUCAAAUAUUUGUUUGAUCUCCAUAAUUUAAACUGUUUUAAACUUUAAAACCCAAUUUUGUGCCCUUUGGUUGAUAUUCUAACAGCAUCUGUGAUAUUUUGCCUCCCGGUUUGUUCACCAGCAAAUUUAGGUGCUGCUGCAAAUGAACCAAUCAUGCAGUUGUGAUGAUCUGAUAGCAUAAAGAGACAAUUUAUCUGAUUUAGAUGAUUGUAAACCUUAAAGGUGCACAUAAAUGUGAAAAUUAAAAGGGUGCUAUGGAAUAACUAAUCAGAACACUUGUUAUGUACUACUAAUAAUAGAAAUUUUCAAACCAUAGAAAUUACUGGUUGGACCAAAUAAGGUGGUAGGCGAGUAUUUAUAAGUUAUUUAAAAACUGAAUCAAUUUAGAUGUAUAUAUUAAUACAUUUCCAUGAUAACAUUUGAGCUAUGGCUUUAUUAAAACAUGAUCAAAAUCUGAGCCCAAACCAUAAGCUUUAAAAAACAGAAAUCCAUCCCUAAUUGGCUAUUAAAAUUAAACACUGUAGUCCUGGAUAUUUAAUUGGCAACUUUUUGGUAAACUUGCCUUCAAAAACCGUAUAGUUCCACAAACCUGUGUGGAACUUUUAAUCAAAAUGUUGCUCCACAAAAGUACUUUAAGACUAAAGCUUAGCCUGAAAUGUAUGAUUAUGUUUUAUUCCAACCUGAUAGUUACUUGAAUGACAUCAACAAAGCCACAUAAUUAUUGUCUAUUUCCAGAGAAAAAUGCAACAUGAAUGUGGUUGGCUAUUUGUCUUACAACACUAAUUUGCUUUUCAGCUGGUGUUUAUCAGAUCAACUACAUCUGAAAUGUGCUACUAGAGUAGCUCCUGUUAUGUAAUUUAGCUUAAGCUGUUUAUUGUACAAAUUGUAGCCUGUGAUGUGCAAAAGGCUUUAGCAGCAACAUAUUAGUACAAUACAGUCUUCAAGUUGAUCAUAGGAUGUUCACUAUUGUCCUUUAAAAGGUCCUUUUAAAGUGUCUCCUAUAUGAAGUGACAUCUGAUCAUGACAGUCAUGUACGUUAGGUUUUAACAGGUAUGCACAGUUUGUUAUAAUAUUGUGGGUAUAGGGACCUGCUUGAGCUUGUCAGUUUAAUACCAUGAUGGUGUAUGAUAUUUGUGAAAGAACACAAAGCUUGAUUAGUGCUCAAAGAUAACUAGUUAAGUUUGCAAGUAUUGGUUAAACUUGACCUGAAUUAUUUUGUCAUAUAUUUAUAUAUGUAAUUUAAUAAUUAAUGUUAUUGGUCUUUGUGUUGCUUACUAAGGUUUUUUUUUUUUUUUUUUUUUUUUGAAAGAAAUAUGCAAAGUGGCCUGUGCAAUAAGUGUAAGCAAGAAUUUGAAGCGAAUCAUCUUUAUUUAUACAAUAAUGUGAAAAGUAACUAGUUUUCAUUAAGAAGAAUAACAAAUGUGAGAGAAACGAAAGAGUUUUGAAUGAAAUGGGGUUUUUCUCCAUGUGGUCCACUUGGGUUCAGUCACUGCUGUAUUUAACUAUUAUGUUCUUAUUUUUAUUUUAAAGCUGUGAGACGUAUUUCAUAUUGCUUUUGCAAAUUCCAAAUGAUUUGGAACUUAAAAUUUGCUUUUUAUUUAUUCAUUUAUUUUUCCCAUUUAAAAAAAAUGCAUAUAAUGAGAACUUUCCCAUUUCAAACUGUGUAGUCCUGGGGGGUAAAAAGUAUUUCUGCAAAUCAAAAUUAUGACGAUUGCCAAAAGAAGAUGGCCUCCCAAAGAGAUCAAAGUUGUAGUUUUGCAUACCUCCUCCCAGCUGCUGCUGAUUUGAGUACAAGACAUUUUUUUUUCUUUGGACAUGCAAGUGCCUUACCUGUUGCCAUUUGCAAUCAGUUGUGAUCUUUGGUAAAAACCGCUCUUUGUUUUGCAGAGGUUUUGUCUCCACCUGUUUGCGGUCUUUAUAAAGCAAAGUUUAUUUUGAAAACAAAAAAAUUCAUAUUUUGAGGCUUACUCAAGUCUGUUUGUCUUUUCAUUUUGAUACUACACUUCAUAUUUGAAUAGAGGAGAUCAAAGUCAUUUAUUUAUUGUCAUGUUUUGGCAUGUUUGAACACACUAAGCUAACAAUAAAACUGGAAGAUUGCCUUCAGCCCUAACUAAACAGCUCUUAAAAGUGACUUGGAACAUACAUCAUCUAUACACUGUACUUCAUUUUGACCAUUUUAAGUUGUGCUGCACUUUGUUUUAUAAUGUUAUGUACAGUUAAUUAAAAAAAUAAAUUGUUUAUUGUCUGCAUCAGAAAUGGACCAGUAUUGA